AAAUUGCCAAGGAAUGGCCUCCAAACAUGGACACUAACAUUGGAGUUACAUGAAUUAUGUGAGCUGUUAAUAGAAAUAAAGGCUUCAAAAAGAAAUUAAUUAAAGCUGGUUGAUAUAUUCUUUACUUACAAAAAUGUUUGCAUUACUGAUUGGAUUUGCUAUAUUUGAAGUUUCAUGCUCAGUCGCUCUUCCGGGUGCCAACGAAUACUACGGAAGUGCAGAAGAUGACGACGAUGUUCUCCCGCCCCAGUUUUCACGCCAUGGCGCACUGUCGGCUGCAAUCGGAACAACUGAAAGUCCACUGGAGAAGCUUCUCGAUAAAUUAUACGGAAACGGCGGCUGGCGAUCGCUUUUGACGGAAUUUACCGAGCAAAAUAUCCCGACUACAUACCUACCAGAUGUUAAAGCAACGGAGCUUCCGCACAGUGCAAAUGGAUUUUACGGCGUUGAAAUUUCUGGUCAAGCGUUCAACCGCCAAGCAAAACCGUCAACGCCAAAACCUCAGCCCCCAGCAAGACCGUUGCCCGCGGCUCACACAGGAUUCUCGAAAACGUUCAACAAAAUUAUAGGUAGUCAGCAGCAUACAGUCGAUAUACAUGCCAAUUCGAGAGUGGAGAAACCUGAUGUGAACCCGCUGCCGGUCGGUUCCGGAGCGGCAAAUAUGUUCCUACAAGAGCAGGCCAGAGCGCAGACACAGGCUGUGGCGGCCGUAGCGGAAAUACCGCCUACCUUGGAAACGAAUGGCGGUAAACAGAAUUCGCACAGCUCUCAACACGGGGAACCGCAAAUACCGACACAAACUCAGAACUUCGAGAUGGCAGCGCAGGUGUUCGAUCCCAAUGUGAUCAAUAGCCAACAGAACGCUUUCAGUCCGAACGAAGCGUUCAAAGGUUUUGUUACGCAGACAGGUUCAGAACCGCAUGGCCGUGGGGGUAAUUUAAACUUUAACCCCGACAAGGUCAAUCAAAUGAAAGACCCCGACAAUUCGCUAGCUGGAAGCGUCUCUCAGACACCGCAGGGCACUUCCGGUGGGUAUCGUUUCAACGCAUACGAGGAUGCUGAGAGACCUUCUUUUGACGCGACAGCAUUAAAUCAAGCUCUAAUGACUUUCAACAAACCGAAUAUUCAGCCUGAAGCCUUCUUCCCGAACUAUCGAUCAAACUUUGUAUCCGCACAGGCUCAGGCGGCGCAGACCUCCGAUAAAGGGGUCACGCACGCUCCAGACGCGAACACAACCCCGAAAAAAGCCGCCAGUACGAAAGCAACCGAAGCGCCAUCGAUUCAGCGUAACCCCAGCGGAAUGUUUGUCCCGGGAAGUCUGUACUCGGGAGGUGGGGGUCAAAACAACUUUUUCGUCGAUCAGCAGAGCGGGAUCGGGCAGAUUGCUGGAAGCCCAGUCUUUUUGCGGACUAUGCCUAUGGGGAACCAAGCCUUUGAUCCGAAUCUCCUGAACUCCGGUCAAUCAAACUUCAAUCCUAAUGCUCAGUCCUGGAUUCGAACCCGCCGUGAAACAACAAAAGAAACCGAUGAUAAUGGUAAUGGCUUAACUACAUUCCCCACGACGGCAGCUUCCCAAAUAACCGUUUCACCGUCGGUGUCUCCUGAAGCCAUGACUUUACAAUCCACUACGAACACCGCUAGUGUAACCGCCACUACUGUGAAACCUAUCACGACAACGACGAUUACUUUGAAUUUCACGUCACAUUUCACAACGCCAGCAACGGUUAUCUCUGGCAAAGCAUCUGAAUCUACCACCACUGUUGCUACCGCCGCGCCAGUCAGAGGCCAAAGUGGAUUCGAUCCUAACGAAUUGAAUGCGCAACAAGGACAAUCAUCGUUUAUUCCCGGUCGCUUAACUUCCGGUGCCGUUUCCGAAAACGCAUUCGGCCAGAGUCCAGUUGAGAGUAGUUCUAAUGGUGGCUUCAAUCCAAAUCAGGCGUCGUUUGGAAGCAACACUUCAAACAUGGGAAGCGGAAAUGGCGGAUUCGAUCCGAAUUCCAUGUUCAAUAUGAUGUCUAAAGCUAUGGGCAACGGGUCUACGUCAGAAAAUGGCAGUUCCGGCUCUUCGUUUGGAAUAGGGCUCGGCACAAACAGCGGAUUUGAUCCGAAUUCAGCCAAUACAGGCUUUGGUUCAGUAGGCAGCGGAAAUUAUUUUGGAUUAACCCAAAACGGAAAUGAUUCAGGCUCAGGCGCCCUGUCUGGGUACAAUCCGUAUGGGUCUAGUGGGGGAUUUGGCGCCAACACGUUUGGAAAUGCUGCGGCGGGGUCCGCCGGCGGUGAUCUAUACUCUUCCGCUUUCGACCCGAACAAAGCGAACCAAAUGGCGAUGAGCAAUCCAUACGUGCCUGACAAUGACUCGGACAUCAGUCAGAUGAUUGGGUACUUCCUAGGCGGGAGUUCCGGUGGUUCCGGCGGCGAAAACAGCGGAAGCGGAAAUUCCCAAAGCGCCUAUGGCUCAGCCUUCAUUGGGGCGUUUAACCCCGAUACGGUGAACAAAAUGACAUUUGACCCAGACGCAUUCAACAAAGCGCAUUUAAACUUUGAUCCUUUAGAAAUGCUGAUGUCAAAUCCGGGUAUGGACAAAGCAACUCUUAUGGCCGUCGGUGCGAAGUUCGAUCCGGACAAGAUAAACAGCGCCUACAGUCAGCAGUCAUUCUCUCCAAUUGACAUGUUAGGUCGGAAUCCCGGGAUGGACAAAAACGUGUUAUCAAACUUGAAAUACGAUCCGAAUGAUUCCGGUACUAUGAACAAUUCAGGUGUGAACGGAGCAACGUCAUAUAACAGCGGACAGCAAGGCGCAUCAUUCGACCCGGUGGACCUUAUGUCGAGACUCAUGCAGGGGGCGUCGGCAUUUUAUCCGGGAACUUCCGGCGCUCAGCAGCAAAACCGCGAUCCUUCCGGAAUGUUAAGUCUUCCCGGUGGAAAUCCAUCCGGCGGCGGUAAUGUAGGCACCGGCGGGAACAGCUUUACUCCGGCACCGGUUCUAACGUCGUCCUCAGGCAAACCGGUUUCAAAAACGCACCUGAUGAUAUCAUCAACAUCAGCGUUGACGUCACCUACACCAGCAUUGACGUCAUCAACACCAGCGUUGACGUCAUCAACACAGGCAGCACUUACAUCGAAGUUAGCUACGAUAGACCCUGCGAUGUCUACCACGACACAAGUUCUGUAACCACAAUAAAUGCAUCAAUAAAACUUUAAUAACCUGAACAUUUAACCUCAACAUGGAACCACAAAUCUUGGUGGAUUUAAUCGAGUCCGUGUUAAUAAUACACGCUGAAAAUCCUGUUGUUGAUUUUUUCUUCAGAGAAACAUUUUCUGCUAACGUAGCUGUUGAUGUCCAUUAAUAAUGAUUGCGUGACCAAACAUAAAAUAUGCGUCGCUGU